UUAAAAACUAUGACUUUUAAUAAAAUAAUUACGAUAUCUGGUGUUAUUUUGAUUAUCACAAUAAUUUUUCCUUGUGGUAUUAGAUUUUUUGUUUAUACUUCCAAUGACAGUGGAGAUAUAGAGCCAUUAUUUUUGACACCUUAUAUCGACGAUGGAAGAUUUGAUGAAGCCAAAAAGCUGGCAGCAGUUAAUUAUGAAAAAAUGCCAGAUAUUGAAAGUUAUGCUGGAUAUUUAACAGUUAAUAAAAAAUAUAACUCAAACUUGUUCUUCUGGUUAUUUUCAGCUGAGAUUAAUCCACGCGAUGCGCCUACAAUACUAUGGCUUCAAGGAGGUCCCGGAAUAAGUUCUCUCGCUGGUGCCUUCUUUGAAAAUGGACCCUUUAUAUUUGGUAAAAAUAAAACUCUCAAGAUCAAUCCGUACAGAUGGAGUAUUUCACAUAAUGUUAUAUACAUUGACAGCCCAGUUGGCACAGGAUACAGUUUCACUGAUAACGAAGAAGGUUUUUCAAAAAACGAAACUCAAGUAUAUGAGGAUCUGUAUGCAGGAUUAGUACAAUUUUUUAAAUUAUUCUCCGAGCUUCAGAGUAAUGAUUUAUACAUAGCUGGUGAAUCUUAUUCCGGUAAAUCCAUACCAGGAUUUUCAUACACGAUUCACAAAAAAAAUCCAACAGCAGAAAUUAAAAUAAAUCUAAAAGGUCUAGCUAUUGGGAAUGGGUAUCUUGAUCCAAUAAAUCAAUUCAAUUAUGGUGACUAUUUAUAUCAAAUAGGGGUCGUAGACUUUAAUGGCAGAGAAAAAUUCGACGAGUACGAAAAAAAAGCAGUAGCUUUUAUGAACAAAAAUGAACAUAACAAUUCUGUCGAUAUAUUUGACGAGCUUUUUAUAAAGUCGCCAUCUUUGCUAAUGAAUUUAACCGGAUCAAGCUUUAUUUUUAAUUACUUAAUCGAAAAAGGUCCUGACUUAAAGGAUAUACUGACCGAGUGGAUGCGAAAAACUGAUCUCCAUCGUGCCAUACAUGUUGGCAGUGUCCCGUUUGAAUAUGCGAAUAAAACAGUAGGAAAUUAUUUGAGGCACGAGUUUACAGAAUCACAUGCUCAUACAGUUGCCGCUUUACUUCCGCACUAUAAAGUUCUUCUUUACAAUGGGCAAGUUGAUAUCAUUGUUCCUUAUCCAUUUCUGGUAAAUUUCAUACAAAAAUUACAGUGGCCUGGAGCCGAUGAUUAUAAAAAAGCCCAACGUAAUAUUUGGAGAGUUAAUGGUCAAGUUGCUGGUUACGUUAAAAUUGUACACAAUCUAAUUGAAGUACUUGUUAGGAAUGCGGGGCACCUGGUACCCACUGAUCAACCUGAAUGGGCAUUGGAUUUAAUCACACAAUUCACGCAUCACCAAACUGUUCACUAGAAUCUAUAUUUAUUUAGACGAUUCAAGUGCAGCUUGAAUUUUUUGAUAAAAAUAUUAUAACUUUUGAACCGUUUGAGAUAAAAAAUCGGCCCUAGAAUAUUCUUGUAUGGCAUUAAAUUUCUUUAAAAAAAGUCCUGGGAGUCGAAUUUGUAAACUUGAUAUUUCGUCUACUAACAGGCCAUCAAAGUCUAGAGUAAACAGAACCAUACAAAUUUAAGGCUUUAUUAUUAACAAUAUCAAUACUACGAGAAAAUUUGUUCUACAUGUAGUGCAAUGAAAUCACCAACAAUAUCCACGUUGUUACAAAUAAUAUUUUGUUAUCAAUUACAAUAAAAGAAAAGUAUUUGGAAAAUCGAAAUAAAGUCGUCGAUGUCAUGUCUUCUAUAAUAAUAAAAAUUAAAAAAAUUUAAUUUGGUAUUAGUGAAAAAAAAUAUUAGACGACUAAUAAUAAAAAAAAUCUGACCGUGUGUGUAAUUUUUUUUUCAAGAAUCCCAUGAUUAUACAA